GAAGGGUUUUAGUCCUUCCAUCCACUGAUCUGUAAAACUGCUCCAGAAACCUUUGAACAGAAAAAAAAAAACAAGAAGAAGAAGAAGAAGCGAAAAGAUGGGCAAAGAAAGUAAGCUUUGGGACGACUCCUCCCUCAUCGACGCCUUUGACAACGCCAUGUCCAAAUACAAGAUGCAUGGACUGAAAAGCCGCGAGGCCAAUGUCUCUUUUUCUGUUCAUCAAAGCGGUGAUGGGGCCAUAAAACCCAGGGAUGUAGGAGAGAACAACAAUGCCGGAGUGAUUACUGGAACAGAAACGGAAGAGGCAAAGGAUCUUGAACCGGUUAAAGAAAAUUGUGCCGUUAAGUUACAGACUCCGGAACCUUACAUAGAUACAACAACUAGUCUGCCAAUGCAGGAUAAGCAAGAUGGGAAUAAUGGAUAUUCGGAUUUGCAAGGUGCUCAGGAAUAUAACCAAUUACUCAGUCAAUAUUACGAGGUUGAAGAGAAGAGACAGACUAUUCUGCAGCAGCUUCAGCAAUGUGGUAGUUGGGAUUAUCAAUAUUCGGCUGAGGGUUAUAGCACAGCUGCACCAUGGGGUACCUCCUGUGUUUAUCAGCAAUACCCUAUUCGUACAAGUCAAGCUUCACAAUCCACUGUCAUCUGUUCGUGUUGCCCGUAUGUAUGUCAAUCUUUGGUGACUCCGUGCACACAGUAUCCUUGCUGUCCUUUGGCUGGGACAUCUGUUGGUAAAAUUAAUGCUGAACCAAAUGGUGCAAUUACUUGUGAAAACUUACCGACGGUCAUUGACUCUGACAUUGUUAAAACGGCUAUGGGAGCUGCAGAAAGAGCGAUAUCCUCUUUGACUACACAAGCUUCAAUUAAUCAGAACGAAAAUGAAGAGAACAAGGAGAAGAAGGAUGGUGAAGAGGAAACGAAUCAUGGUAAUUGUGUAACCGAUCUCUCCGUACUUUUGAAUGCCUGGUAUUCUGCUGGCUUCUACACAGGAAAGUACCUUGUGGAACAUAGUAUUGCCAAGAAAAGGCAAUGAUUGGCAUUCUUUUUGUGCAAUGUUGAAGAGAGCUGUUAGAAGGCGAGAGGCAUUCUCAUUGCAUGCAUUUGAUUGGUACGGCGAGAAGGAAUGUGAGAAUGUAUGGCCAAUAUGCGAAACCUGGACAACGGGUCAGAUU